UCUGUCCUGAUCUGUGAGGACUGUCCUGUAGUGUGCGCCUUCAAACGGAUUCGCACAUUCAAGCUUCAUCUGGACAACAAAAAACAAACUCUGGCCGUUUUUGGUUUUCAUAAUUUUUUAGGAGAACAAUUUCAUUCCGACACGAUGAUGCGGAUUGUGGUAUUAAUGGGACUGCUGGCACUCGAGACCUCUGCGUCUGUGCUGCCGAAUAACGAUACGAGCUAUAUUCGGACAUUUUCGGCUGAAUUCUGGCCUUUCAAUGGUGAGCCCUUUGAUUAUCUGGAUGCUCAGGAGGGCAGUGGCUCUGAUUUCGACCAUUCAUCCAAACUCAAGAAAGAUCACCACCACCCUGCUGUGGCAAAAAAGCACUACCACAUCUCUCAGGAAACAUCAAAAUUCCUAACUGGCUAUGUGGUGACCACUGUCAUCCCAACAAUAUACACUUUAGUGUUCAUCAUAAGUGUUCCUCUGAAUCUUCUGGCACUUGUUAUGUUUGUACGCAAAGUUAGACCUAAGAAACCAGCUGUGAUUUACAUGAUGAACCUGGCCUGUGCUGACCUCCUCUUUGUGCUCGUACUCCCAUUUAGGAUAGCCUAUCAUUUCAAUGGAAAUAACUGGAUAUACGGGGCUGGGAUGUGUCGUUUGGUCACGGCUGCUUUUUAUGGCAACAUGUAUUGCUCUGUGCUGCUGAUGAUGUGCAUUAGUGUAGAUCGGUUUAUGGCUGUUGUCUACCCUAUGGAUUCACUCACCUGGCGCAGUCCUCAGACUGCAUCCAUCGUGUGCGGCGCCAUGUGGCUUUUGUCCAUCGGCGGUGUGAUGCCUUUGCUGGUCUCCAAUCAGACCAUUCACCUACCUGACUUGGGAAUAAUCACUUGUCACGACGUCCUUGACAUUCAUCACCUCCGCGAGUAUUACCUAUACUUCUUUCCUAUCCUCUCUUCACUUUUCUUCUUUAUCCCACUCAUUUUCAGCACCGUCUGCUACAUGCGCAUCAUCCAAGCCUUGUGCGCAGCCAACGUGGAAAACCGUGCCAAAAAAACGCGGGCUGUCUUCAUGGGUGUCACGGUCUUUGCUGUCUUCGUCAUAUGCUUCACCCCCACUAACAUCAUCCUGUUGUCACAUUAUGUGCAGUUUGCUCACAAGUACAACGACACGUCCUACGCUGCUUAUCUGGUCUCCAUGUGCAUUGGGAGCGUCAGCUGCUGUUUGGACCCCCUCAUCUACUACUUUGGGUCGUCGCAGUGCCAAAAGCAGGUUCUCGCAUAUCUGAAGUGUCAGGGGAUACCAGGAAUUGAGAGGAGCGUACAGUUUACCAGCAGCACCAGGUCAAGCAAGUUGGAGACCUUAAAAAGCAGCAUGAGUAACCAGUACAGGAAGCUGAUGGCAUGAGCCGCAAGGUUUUAUGAGGACUUUCAAUCAGUAUUUGGUUUACCAGGUCCAGCUCAUUUAGGAUGUUGGAGUUGUUUGCACUGUCAAUAAUUGGAACUCUUUAAUAGAGCACAACUGUCUUGUUCCGGAAGUAAAACAAAUAAAUAAAUAAAAAGAAAAGAAAUUAAUUGGGGAAAUGAUUAUUAACAAUAACUUAUAAAACUUUUAAAGCCAGACCUAUCGUGAGCUCUGAUGUUGUUAAUCAAUGGUAGCCUUUAUUCUUAUGCUGAAGCCAUAAGUGCAGAAUUCAUUGUCGUGAACAAUCAAGGCAAACGGCACACCAAACGAGCCAGGCAGCGACCAUCCACUUGUAUGAUGUUCUGUGAAUGACCUUAGCGAGCUAGUCUCCCUACACUCUCAAACUACGUAUAUAUAUUUGAAUAUAUCUUACUAUUUUGAAAUAUACUUUAAAUAUAUUGAAUACACUUAUAAUCAACAACUUAAAUCAAAAGUUUUAUACAUUUACAUUGUUUAUUUGAUUUAGUCAUUUGCAAUGCUUCAUGGGAUUGUAGUUCAUUCCCCCAUUCCCUUUGUCUUUUUGUCUGAUUUUCAUAUAAGUUUUUGCUUCAAAUCAAAGUUUGUAAUGAUGGGAUUUACAUCAGAGCUGGUUGGAUUGGUUCAUGCUUAGAACUGUUUUAUGAAGACUUAUGAAAUCCCAUAUGGAAAACAAAGUAAUGGGGAAAACUUUUCUGGGAAACCAACAUGGCAGAAAAAGUGGGUGGACACUGUAGCACUCUAUUGAUAACAGUCUUUUUUUUUCUGUACUGUAGCUAAAUGAGGUGUCUCUCUAUUGGAACUUGAACUGUUUCUGUGCUCUUGAAACUCAUUUUCUAAUGUAUAGAUUCCUGAUUUAUUUUUGUAUUCUUCUGCUACAGUCUUAAAAAACUAUUGUAUAUUUGUUACUAAAACACUUUUGUACAAACAGUAUCAGAUAUAUAAUGCUUGUAAGGACUAAAAAUAAAACUGUAAAUGGUA